GGAGCUGUCACCCCGGCCCGGCUGCGCUCCCGGCCCGGCGCCUCUGGCCCCGGCUCCCCAGUGCCAGCAGCGAGCCCCCGCGGUGGCACGGAUGGCCCGGCCCUGCCCCGGGAGAAGGUGGGUGAGGGCUCCAGGCUGGGGGUGGCCAGGGGACACACGGGUCUGGGGGCUCUGCUGUGCCAGCGCUCCCAGCGCCCUCCCGUCCCACCCUCACCCAAAGCCUCUCGCACAGCCGAAACCAGCGCUGCCGUCCCGGCACAGGGAGUCCCGUCAGCCCGGCCCUGGUGCCCAUCCAGCCCUGGUGCCCAUGCAGCCCGGGAUGGCCGGGCAGCCCGGGAAGGACACGAGGUGGGUUCGGGGAGCCGGGCCGGGGAGCAGGAGCCCCCCGUGGGGCACAGGGAUGUGGCGUGGACCAGCCCUGAGGUGCGCUCUGCUUCAACUUCCUUCCCAGCGUGGAGCCGAUUUCCUCCGGCAUCACGUGCACGGCGUGGGGCCGGGGCAGCCUGGCACGGCACGGCACCGCUCGGCCUCGGGGCAGCCCCGCAGCGGCAGGCAGGAGGGUCCCGCGCACGGGAUCAUCCCCAGGUUAGCGCCCUUGUGUCAUCGUGCUCCAGGGCCGGGCCGUGCCAGGGGCCCGGGGGAGCUGCCGGCGAGGGGCGGGCAGGAUGCUGGGCACUUCUGGGCACCAUCACCCUGUGCCAGCAGAGCCGAGGAGCACUGGGGCCUUGGACUGGGGUGUUCUCAUCCCCGCAGCCCUUGGUGCUUCAGCCUUGUCUUUGGGUGGGCAAUACCAGCACCAUUUCUGGUGUCUGCGAGGUCUCUGUGACAAGGGCUGUGCUGGUGGCAGCAGCAGGGCUGCUGGCCCACCAUGGGGUCAAUGUGGCCCACCACAGGGACAUGGUGGCCCUCCACAGGGACAGCAUGGCCAACCGUGGUGACAGGGGGGCCCGCCAUGGUGACAGGAUGGUCCAUCAUGGCCUGAUGUCCUGUAUCCCACCACGCCAGUGGGCUUGUCCUGCUGUGACCCCAGGGUUCAGCACUUCAGGGAUGCUGCUGAGCCGUGGAUGGCGGCAGGAUGACAGCCCUGGUGGCAGGAUGACACCCUGCCCGUGCCGCAGAGCUCACGGCAGCUCUGCAGCUGCCUGCUCCGCCUCACACAGAGGAAGCGCCGACCACAGCGGGGCUGGUGUGGGGCUGGGAGAGGCUGGAACAAGGGUCCCUCCUCAGCACCUGACGAGCCCCUUUGCUCCCCAGCAGCUGCAACCAGAGAGAAGAACAAGGAGGGCGAGGACAGGGAGCCCCCCGGGUGAGUCCUGGGCUGGAGGAGAGGGAAGGACAGGGAUGUGCCUGGGCCAGGGCAUGUCACGAGCAGGAAGCGCUUCCUGCCCACUCCCGUCAGUGCCGGUCCCGGCCCCAGCCCUGCUUCUGCCUCCUCUCCCCAGAGCUCCCAGCACCAGCGAGGAUGGAGCCGACCAAGCUCCCACUCACCAAGAGGAUGGCUCCUGCUCCCCCCAUUCCUGCCAAGACCAAACCAGCCCCUGUCCUGGCCACCAAGUAAGAAACCUGUGGCUGUGCUGGGGUGUCCAGGGCCACUGCGAUGUCCCAGUGCCAGCGCCAUGCUCAUGGCUGGCCUCGGCGUGGGGCUGGCACCUCCCUGGCUGUGCCACUCACACCUCUGCUGUCCCCAGGCCCAGUGACCCCCAGCCCAGUGCCUCAGCUGACAUGGAGUGGGGCAGAGCCUGUGACCCAGGUAGGAUUCAGGGGUGGGUGGGCCCUGCCCAGCACCAGGGGCUGAUUCCUGUUCUUUCUUUGGCAGAUGCCAAUGGCUUCAACAUGGUGUCAGUUACCACAGCCAGGCUGAGCCACCCCACAGCCACACGGCCACGAGUCCCUGGCCAGCGGCCACCCAGCAUGGCCCUGGGGAGCACGGGGGGUCCCCAUGGUGGGGAGCAGCCCCAGGGGCUGCCCCGUGCUGCCCUCUGUGCCCCUGUCCCCAGCACGGGGCAGGCACCCGUCCUGCCAUGGAGCACAGAGGGGCUGGAGGUGCUGGAGGGGAGGUCUCUGGCCCUGGAGGACCUGAAGGCUGAGGUCCGCACCCUGCACAUCCUUGUGGACCUGAUGCGAGUCCAGCACCUGCGGGACCUGCAGGAGCUGCGGCAGGAGCUGUGCCAGGAGCGGGCUCAGCGCCAGGUGCUGCAGGUGAGUCCCUGCCAGGGGUUGCCUUGUCUGGGGUCCCCUGUGCCCCCCAACAAUCACAGCCUCUCUCCACAGGCGGAGAUCGAGCGAGUGAGGAAGGGGCUGCCCUGUUAGCAUGGGGGGGCAGGUGGGUGGCACAUGGUUCCGUGUGCCCCCAGCACCCAUCGGAUACCAAUGCCCACCCCACACCCCGGCACUGCUCCUUGAAGCAUGACAGCCCCAUGACCUGUAGAAAUCGUUUAAAAUAAACUAUUUUGUGUACAAAGUGCUGUGUGGGGGUUGCUCAGGGCUG